GACAAAUUAAAAAGUUUUAUUUUUCUUAUAUUGGUACGAGAUUUUAUUGAUUGUUUUCUUUCAAGAUUUUCGGCCAGACGGCGACUGAAAUUGCAAGUUACUGUGAUAUAUUUAUUUUCAAUAAUUAACUAUUCUUAUCAACCAAUUAAAUGAGCAGGGAUAUCGAGUUAUGUCUAUAAGUAAUGGAAGGUACAGAACUGGGUGGCGACCAGCAAUUCUGUUUGAGAUGGAACAAUUUUCAAGCAAAUAUAACUUCUCAAUUCGAAGCACUGCGCGAUGAUGAGGACUUCGUGGAUGUCACCCUGGCCUGCGAGGGACACAGGCUUGAGGCCCACAAAGUGGUUCUUUCGGCUUGUAGUCCUUAUUUCAAGGAAUUAUUUAAAAACAAUCCAUGUCCGCACCCAAUAAUUUUCAUGCGCGAUUGCGAAGUGUCGCAUGUGCGCGCGCUUCUGCAGUUUAUGUACGUGGGCCAGGUGAACAUAGCGCAGGCGCAGCUCAGCGCAUUCCUACGCACCGCGGAUGCGCUACAAAUACGCGGUCUCACUGAUUGUUCACAACACAACGACAAAAAAGUGAAUCGAAAGUCUCCACCUUCCCAACUCCGUAAUUUGCUCAGCGCCAAGCCGUCACAUUCUACCUCCUCAUCCAAAGCCGCAAGCCAAAAUGUGGAAUCGACAUCUGCCGAUGACCUCGAGAAGAGUGCGAGUCGCCGUUCUGAGAGAAAUUCUCCCGAUGUUGCCCAAAACAAUCUCAGCGAAGAAGCUUCCUUUCAAACUUCUAGUCAAAUGAGGCCUAAUAAUGACUAUAACCAAACUUGUAACUACCCAACUCUGAGGGUGAAAACUGAUCUCGAAGCAACUGAAAUUAAUAAUGAUGAAAAUGAAAUCCUCAUGGACCCGGGGGACUCCGAGGGCGCGGAGAAGUGCCAAGACUUCAGCGCGACGGACCUGCUCGAACCGAAGAUGGAAGUCAUGGAGCAAGAGGCUAGCGACGAGGAGCGCUCGAGCUUUCCGCCGAUAUACUACAACGAAAACAACGCGCUAGCGAAUCCGUUUGCUACUAUACAAGGUAAUAUCGAUCUCAUGGCCGGGAUGAACACGGAGCUGCGGGACGAGAAUGCGGAAGGCGGUGGGAGGUGGGACGGGCGGCGGAGUAGGCCUGUACCUGACGCCGUGUGGCUCGAACAGCAUCGCCGAGCCCUACCCUUUGUGCUCAAGCGGGAGAACGAAAGAGGUGCACCGGCUCCUAGACUCAUCAAGCUGGGCGAGGGCGUAGAAAUCCGCGAGGAGUUACUGCGCGGCGUGAAGUGGGGCGACUACCGCAAGGUGACCCGUGGGCUGGCCGCGGCGCUGUUCUCGCCAAUGGAGCUGGCCACGUGCUCGGUGACGGGCCAACGCUGGUCGCGCGCUGGGCAGGAGUCGCGCCCCACCAAGCCGCCGCUGGACCGCCGCCGCGUUCAUGCCCUUAUAUCCUACGUCAGCCGCCACUUCCCCGACGUCGAGGUCAGCCGCAUCAAGCAGGUGCUCGCCUACAAGUGCAAGGAAAACUGCGCCGCGCUGCGCAUGCGGACCGCCAGGCUGUCUAACUGUUUCAGUGAGUCCAGCAACUACCUGCUGAGCGCGGCCUCUCGGCCCGCGGACGACGCGCCGCACCCGCCGCACGCGCCGCACCCGCCGCACCCGCCGCACCCUCCGCACCCGCCGCACGCGCACUCCACCCCGCCCGUCACUACGCGCUCUUCAUACUCUCAUUACGAGGCUUCGAAGGGCGGAGGAGCCGGUGGUGCGGGAGGGGGUGGCGAGGACGGGGAGGCGCCACAUUGAUGCGCCACAUAUCACUUCCGCAAUCUUGUUAUUUUUACCAAAAAGAAAGUACCGAUGCACGCCGCCCGCCGCGCGCUCGCGUGUAAAGGACAGAGAUUUAUUUAGGGGCGGCGUGCUCGCGAGCCGAAAGAUUCGUAUUUAUUUAGGUGAUAUUUUUCUAUUGGCUACGAUAAGGAUUAUCUCGUCGCGGACAUCGGAACGCGCUCGAAGCUCUAGCAAUAAUUUAUCAGGUUCCUAAGACAUGUUUUGUAGUUAGGUUCUAUUUGCACGAAUUUUCGCGAAACACUGCCGCUUUUACUUCUAAAACCCUUUUUCUUCUAUAUUAGUGAAAUCGCUUCCUUCGUUUUACGAUAAUAGUCAUUCUCCUUUCGUUACGUUAAAUUUGUAUAUGAGGCAUUUAAGUGCUGUUCGAGGGACCGUUGCAAUCGCAAGUGAAAUAUAUCAAAAUGGCAUAAUUUUUAGGGCUAACGUAGAAAUAUUAUAUAGUCAUUUCGUUUUAUAGAUAUAAUGUAAAAGAGAAUUUAUUUUGGAGUGUGUCGAGUCGGUAUAAUGAAAGUCUUCGGUGAGCUGUGAUCGUGAUGGUUAUAAAGGAGUCAUAUUUUUAAAUAUUUUUAAGAGUUAUAGUAAUUGUAGCUUGUGUACAGAUGAGUCUGUAUGGGGAGGAACAUGUCAAUUGUGGCGAAGGACGGUCUACUGCACAUCUGCACAGGGAUGUAUUUAUCAUAUCAUCUAAGCAAUAACUAUUAUUUGAUAAAAAAAAAAGUAAUAAAGAUUUUUUAAUUUUUAAAUACUAUUUUAACCGUGUUGUUAUAAAAGUAGUUAGUAAAUAACUGAAUUCUCUAAAGUCCAUGAUCAUUUAUACUGUUCUUUUGAACGAUGAUCUAAUCCUCAUAAUAAUUACUCGUCACAUAUGAAACUUCAUAUCAAUGUUAUUUUACGAAAAUUUGUACUAUUUUAGUCGUGUUUAUCUUAUUAUAGGGAAAAGCAGAUAUUGACCGCUAGCGAUUAACACUCAAACCCUACGACCUAUGUUUUUGGUAAUACGCGCUUAUGUUUGAGGAGAUUUGGUGUGCGCUGGAAAUUUUGUAAGAAAAAGCUAAACUCUCAUUUAGUCUCGAACGCAUUGCGACGGAACAAAUACUCAUGAUAUCUGCUUUUUUCCCGGUCCUGGGUCGUGAGGACGUGUGUGUAUAUUCGAUAUACUGUAUUGUAUAAGUUGCAGUUACCAGAGGGGGGUGUUCCCAAGGGAAUCUUACCGAAUUGUAAUAAAUGUCUUGCGAUGCCAACUGGAUGUCUUUAAUGCUCAAUUUUUGCCAAAUUUUACUUGCCGAAAGUCUUGUCUAAAUAGUUUUGUCUAAUGCUUUAUCUGAACGCCAAUCUCCUCGUGAUCUCAGAGGACAGGAGAUGGCCCGACAGAUUUGCUCAAUGAUAAGCGUUAUUAUUCCUACGGAUUCUGUUCGUGCGUUCGCGUAGAGGUUGAGGGAUCGGCCCAAUGAAAUUUAUAUCGUUAGAAAAUUUUUUAAUAAAAAAAAAAUAAUAAUUGUAAUUUUAGAAAAUGAAAAAAAGAGGAUUAUCGUGAAUUGUUAAGUAUAAAUACUUAUUGUGACGAAUGCUCGAGAUGCAAUAUGUUAAUUUAGUGCCAAAUGAUAAGUUAACUCGUAGCAAUAUGUCGUAACCUAAUGCUCUUGUAAUUUCUCGCGUAGUGUUAAUGACCUAUGAGGUUUAAAGGUUUCUUUUACAAGACUAUAAUAAUAUAUUUAUACAGGGAAAGAGUAGGGAUGUACGGUUCGGAUUUAAGAAUGUUGUUGCGGUAUAAUACUCAUUGUGGCAGGGUGUAAAAAUGACGGAGCAGGCUUGGAGUGGAGCGAAGCGGAGCUUUUGUACAGUUGAGGAAUGAUGUUGAUAGUUGCCAAUCACAAAACUGCCCUCGUAGUAACAAAAGUAGUAAAGUAAAUUAUAUAACACUUUCACUUGACAGCUGUCAACCAACAGACGAUAAAAAACUUAUUUAUGAAUAAACUUCAAUUUAAAAAAACUUAUUUAUCACUUACAACUCAGGUUUAUGUUAAAAAAACAUAUUUUUUCUGGAUUCUUUGUAUCAAUCUCUUUAUUUUUUGUCGAAAUACAGUUUGUAAGCUAAAAUCUGCCAGUCCUUGUAUGAAGAGGUGGAAAGAUUUCAUGAACUUAAUGGCCAGCGAAAUUAUAACUUUAACUCACUAUAGACGACUUUAUUUUCGUUAUAACCAAAAAUUCAUUUCAUAAAAUACACAUAUAUUUUGAAUAUACAUUUCUACAUUCAUUAUUACGAGGGUGGAAAUGCCAAACACUUCACCUACAGGGUAGUUUAAUUUAGUGUUGUCUUUGCUUCAACUUCGAUUUUUACACUCUGUUUAAGAAGCACUGAAUGAGCAAUGGAACAGAGAAUUUAUUUACUCCAAUAAGUCUUUUUUUUAAAUUAUUUAUAAUAAUUUUUUUUAUACUAAAAAUUAUACAUUAUUUUGCAUUUUAUGAUUGUAAAUGGCAGCUGUCCAUGUUUUUCGGUGAAUGAUGAAAUCACUCACUGUUAUUUGGGUUUCAUAAAAGUAAUAUAGAAACGAAACAUCGAACAUGACACAUUGGGCACAAAUAUUAGAAAAAAAAUAUCUAUGGCUUACUUUUGCUUGCAAUACGUAAUAUUUAGAAAUGUGAUCGUUCCGAGUUUAUCGGAACAUAUAUGUGGAGCCCUUGUUAUCAAGUCUAUAUAUUUAUUAGGUAUAUUUUCAUUGAGCAAUACAACUUUAAAAAAUAUAUAUAUAUUUAAGAAGAACAACAUCGAUGCCACUGUGCCCCAGGGGACAGUGUUGUGCCAAAAUUAAGUGCUAGUCUUUAAAAAAGUGUUGUUAUCAUUUUCAGAUUUUUAUUUAGUCCAGAAUGUGUUUGUUCCUGUGCUGUGAAAGUAAUAUUUUCUGACAAAUCAACACUGGCAUGUGAUGAAUUAUAUUAGAUAAUAUAGUUGUUUUUGUUCAGUUAGUUUCUAGGUUGUUUAGUUGGACUUUUAAUGAUAUUACUUAGUUCGUAUAAUAUUUUAUGCACUAUUCAACUAUACGACAUGUUUUUGAUUCUUGAAAUAUAAAUUUACUUAAAUAAAAGAUGGAAAACAACUAUAUUGUCUCAUAGGAUGUGUAUAGGUCGACAACAUCACAGGGUUCGUCGUUAUUUAAAAUUAUAUAAAGAUAAGAAUGAAAAAUUUUUCGUGUAUCCAUAAGUGUUCGCACUUGAAGGAAGUGAAGCUUCUUUAGUUCAUUUCACGAGUUCGUAGGCAUGGUAACUAUAUUAUUGAAAUAAACUCGAAUGUUAUAUCAAAUCUAGAUCCAAAGUCGGACCAGAUGGCAUGGAUAUGCUGACCGUCCUCAAGGCUGUUUUACGUUUUAAACUUUUUAACUUCCUUUCUGAUUUUUCUAUUCAAUUAACUAUUUGCUAAAGCACCUAAAGAAGUUCCACUUUCACCUCACAAGUUCUAACAUAUGAUAUGUUAGAACUUGUGAGGUGAUUAGUUUAUUACUUGGGUUCUAAUUAUAUAUACUGUGGUCCAUAAUAUUAUAUAGUCUGUUGUUGUCCUAUAGUGAAAUUGUGAUUCGAGUCAUAAAUUGUAAUUAUAAUAUGAUGAGUUGUGUUGAUUUGUUGCUAUAUUUAUAGUAUUUAUAUUAAUGAUGAUGCACACAAUAAUUUAGCUUUGAGCUCGUGCAAUAUUAUUCCAAAUUGUUUAUAGGGAAAACUGUUAUGAUAAUUUCUAAAUUGUUAUAUAAAUAUUUUUGUAAUUAUAAAAGACAUAGGCAACUUGAAUUCUAUUUUUGUUGUGCAUUUAUUCUCAAAUUUUAUCACAUUACAUUACCACAAACCCAUUGUGGACGGUAAUGUCUGCGUCUGUGAAACUUAUUGUUAAGCUACGGUAGAUGGUUUGUUUUAUAUAUCGCCGAUAUUAUGAGUCAAUCCUAGUAAUGUUAAUUCUCCUUAAUUUAGAAUAAUUUACAGUAAACCAAUUACAUUUGCUCAACCAAGAUGCGACACUAACUGCAAUAUAGACAGAAAUAAUUUUUGUAUUGUCCUUUUUAUAUCGUUAUUUAUAUAAUAAUUCAGUUUAAUUAAUUUCGUGAGUUGUGGCAGCGCAUGUUAUAGUCUUAUUUUUAUUCUUAAUAGAGGCCAAAUGUUGACUUGCUUAUGUGAGACUGUUUUGCCAAGAAUCAGAAAGUAUAUUACCUACAUUGUUUUAAAAUAAAUGCUUUUAUAUAAAA